AUGGUGAAGCCCCAGAAGAUCGUUGUUGUAGGUGCUGGCCCUGUUGGUUCUCUGGCAGCUUUGUAUGCUGCUCAGAGAGGCCAUGAAGUUGAAGUUUAUGAGUUGCGACCGGACCUCCGGGAUCCCAGCACUAUCCCACUCAACUUUACGAAAUCUAUCAAUCUUGCAAUAUCAGAGCGUGGAAUCAAUGCUAUGCGCCAUGCUGGUCAACCGGGCCUCCUUGACCAUGUCAUGUCGACAACAAUUCCAAUGAGAGGCCGUAUGAUUCAUGGUCGAGGCCCAACUGGAGCACUCUUUGAGCAGUCGCAAGACUACGAUGUCAAGGGACGAGCAAUUCACGCCAUUGAUCGCGCAGGCUUGAACAAGCGUUUGCUCGAUAUCCUGGAUAGUAUGCCUAAUGUCAAGUUAUUCUUCAACCAUAAGCUCACAGGCGCCGACUAUCGCGAAUGCAAAGCUUGGUUCGAAGUGGCCAAUGCAAAGUCAUCCCAAGAGUCUCGCCCCAAGGAAAUCGGCAUUUCCUUCGAUCUUAUGAUUGGAGCUGACGGUGCCCAUUCUGCUGUUCGCUACCAUCUUAUGAAGUUCACCCGGAUGAACUAUCAGCAGGAGUACAUUGAUACUCUGUGGUGCGAGUUCCAGCUCAAGCCUGUCAAGACUGAUGAAACAGCCGAUCCAAUGGCCAAGUUCCGAAUAUCGCCUAAUCACUUGCAUAUUUGGCCCGGCAAGGAUUUCAUGUUCAUUGCUAUUCCCAGCGAUGACGGCUCAUUCACAUGCACACUCUUUAUGCCUAGCAAGGAUUUCUCAGAUCUUGAGAAUAACCCUACCAGCGUUCCGGCAUUCUUCGACAGCCAUUUCCCAGGCGUUACGGACUUGAUACCAGGCGAUGAGUUGAUUGAAUCUUUCAACACAAAUCCUCACCUCCCACUUAUCAGCCUCAAGUGCAAGCCGUACCAUUACGGCUCUUCCUGUGUUAUUGUUGGCGAUGCCGCACACGCCAUGGUGCCAUUCUAUGGCCAAGGCAUGAACGCGGGCAUGGAGGAUGUCCGGAUUCUCUUUUCAAUACUUGAUAAACACGCUCAUAUCGACGAGUCCAAUGAUCCUGCCAGCGAGUCAUCUAAAUCCGAGCCAGCUUUCCAGCGAUCACUGGCUUUGGCGGAGUACUCCGCGGUUCGACCAGCCGACGCCCAUGCAAUCAACGAUCUCGCCCUGCAAAAUUAUGUCGAGAUGCGAUCCUCAGUCUUGUCAAAGCGUUACAGGUUGAGAAAGUAUCUCGAAGAAAUGAUGAGCGUGUACUUCCCUCGCCUUGGCUGGCAGACGAAAUAUUCCCGAGUCAGCUUUAGCAACGAGGGCUAUCUGGACGUCAUUAACAAGAGUGAUGCCCAAGGUAGGAUAUUGGUGCGAAGUUUCUUGACUCUGGUCGCCAGCCCUUUGUUGAUUUCAGCCGCCGUAUUUGCAUACAGGUACCGACGGUCAUUUUCUGCUAUGAUGAAUGCUGUUCGACAGCUUCCCUCGUAA